ACUCGCAGUACUCGAGUUUCUUAGCAGACUCCUAGGUCGCCCUCACAUUAAUGCCAAACGAAGAUUUUCUGAAGAGGAAAGAGAAUCGUGACUCGUGAGUACAGAAGUACCGGAUCGUCUUAUUUCCACGUGGCAAGCAUCCAACCACUAAGUACGGCAUCCUAUGUCAUCUCCCCGACCGUUCGACCAGCCAAAACCCCCCCUCUCUCUCUCUCUGAGACUCUUUUCCCUGGUGUGUCAACGGAAAGAUACAAGUCAUAUAACGUGGAAAAGGGAAAAAAAUAAAUUAAAAAAGGAAAGAAAGUAAUUAAGGAUUCUCGAGGAGUUCGCGGCAGAAGCUAAAAGAGAAAAUAAAUCAAAAAAGAAAAGGAAAACUUGGGGGUAGUUCUCCUUCUCCGACUUUUUGUUCCGGCUUCUUGAAGGCGGUUGUCAGGACAUUGGGAGGAUGGGAAACGACCGAAAAAGCUAUUCUACUAAUAAGGAUGAUUACAGGCUCCUCGAACAGGUUGGCAAUGGCGCCAGUGCUGUUGUUUAUAGGGCUAUCUAUCUUCCUCGUAAUGAAGUUGUCUCUGUUAAGUGUUUGGAUCUAGAUGGAUACAGUAUCAAUCUGGAUAAUAUACGUAAGGAGGCCCAAACAAUGAGUUUAAUAGAUCAUCCAAAUAUAACAAGGGCAUAUUGUUCAUUUGUUGUUGAUCGGAAUCUCUGGGUGGUCAUGCCAUUCAUGGCUGAAGGUUCUUGCUUGCACCUUAUGAAGAUAGCAUAUCCAGAUGGAUUUGAAGAGUCUGUAAUUGGUUCUAUUCUUAAAGAAACUCUGAAGGCUUUGGAGUACCUCCAUCGACAUGGACAUAUUCAUCGUGAUGUCAAGGCUGGAAAUAUCCUUCUUGAUAGUAAUGGGGUGGUGAAGCUUGGUGAUUUUGGUGUUUCAGCAUGCAUGUUUGACAACGGUGAUAGGCAACGCUCAAGAAAUACUUUUAUAGGAACUCCUUGCUGGAUGGCUCCAGAGGUGUUGCAGCCAGGAUGUGGAUAUGAUUUCAAAGCUGACAUCUGGUCAUUUGGGAUUACGGCUCUGGAAUUGGCUCAUGGCCAUGCUCCUUUUUCAAAAUUCCCUCCAUUGAAGGUUCUCCUCAUGACCAUCCAGAAUGCCCCUCCUGGACUUGAUUAUGACCGAGAUAAAAGGUUCUCAAAGUCUUUCAAAGAAAUGGUUGCCAUGUGCUUGGUGAAAGAUCAAAGAAAGAGACCUACAGCAGAGAAAUUACUAAAACAUUCUUUUUUCAAGCAUGCAAAGCCUCCAGAACUUUCUGUGAAGAUUGUAUUGACUAACUUGCCUCCGCUUUGGGACCGUGUAAAAGCUCUUCAGCUUAAGGAUGCAGCACAACUAGUUCUCAAAAGGAUGCCUUCAGCAGAACAAGAAGCAUUAUCACAGAAUGAGUACAAACGAGGUGUUAGUGCAUGGAACUUUGAUGUUGAGGAUUUGAAGGCCCAAGCAGAACUGGUUCAGGAUGAUGAUGAUAUUCCAGGAAUGAAGGAAGAUGAUGAAAGCAUGAGGUUGUUUGUUGAUGAUAAGGAUGCCUCUGCUUCUAGAUGUUUGGGGAAACCAAUUUCUACAAAUGAGAUUUAUUGCAGAGGAAGUACAACUAAUGCUGAAUUAUCACAACCUCAAUGCUUGAACACAAAAAGAGAAAUUUCAGAAAGUAAUUUGCUUGGAUCUGAUCAUCCAACUAAAAAAGUGAAUGAAAUAGAGGAAUUAAGAAGUGAAUCAAUAAAGUCAGUCCCUCAAAAGGACCUGCUGCAUUCCCAUUCUAAAAGUCAGACAGGCAAAAGUCGCCAAACACAGAGUGGACCACUAAUGCCUGCUGUAGUGCUUAACCAUUCUCCAUCAGAAUGGGGGUGUACCUCUGAAAGGUGCGAGGUUGAAAGUCAAGCAGCAAAUGAGAAGGGUAAGCAUGACAUACGGAGAGCACCCAGCUUUAGUGGUCCAUUAAUGCUUCCAAAUCGAGCUUCUGCAAACAGUUUAUCAGCUCCCAUAAGAUCAUCAGGAGGAUUCAGAGAUUCUUUGGAGGAGAAGAAGACCAAUGUGGUGCAAAUAAAAGGCCGCUUCUCAGUAACAUCGGAAAACCUGGACCUCAUAAAUGGAUCACCUCUGAGGAAGUCUGCUAGUGUUGGUGAUUGGAAAGAUGAUUCCAAGCAGCUGCCUGUCAAUCCAUCAUCCAGGGAAUUAAACAACAGUACUUUGCCUGCAUCACUUCUCAUGCCUCAUCUUCAGAGCCUUUUUCAGCAGACCUUAUUCCAACAGGAUCUUAUUAUGGAUCUUUUGAAUAGCUUCCAACAAGCUGAGGUAGUAGAUGCUUUUCAGAAUGCAAAGGUGCCCCCACCACCACACAAUUUAGAUAAUGAUGCAAAUGUUGAAACAGCUGCUUCCAAAAGAGAACGGUUAUUACUUGCAAAAAUUUCAGAACUUAAAGCACGGAUGAUUAGUUUAACUGAUGAACUGACUACUGCAAAGUUGAGACACACACAGUUGCAACAGCACUUAAAUGCUACAUGUUGUCCGGAAGAAAGAAGCAGAAGAGGAUAAAGAGGCUCCUCAAAAAUUGAAGUUUGAAACUGUAGAAAGAGCAAUAACCACGUAGAUUUAGUAAGAAGCAGAUGUAGGCAAAAUACUUACCGACUAAUUAUUGAAGGAUUUUCUGCAAACGAUCCACAGCCUCCCUGGAUGGAAAAUAAUAAUAGGAAGGGUAAAUGAGUUUCUCGAGAAAAUGUAUUUUGCUUUUAUUCAUUUAUGGAUUAGAAGUGAACUCUUCCAUCGGGGGCGAUAUUUUUGAAUUAAUCGCCAAUUAGGAAUGCCAAAAGUUUUGGCGGUGGUGGAGAAUAUGCUUCUUUAUUAUCUUUUAGAUGUUAUGAAGUUUUGAUUUAUAAAAUUAUGAUGAUGUUCGAUAUAUAUUUUUCUUCACAACUA